CCGAUCCUCUUCUUCGUAGGAAUAAAAUUUGAAAUUCAAACGCUCCUUUUCUCUCAAACCUACUUCAACUUCCCCCUCUCUCUCUCUCUUCCACGAUAAACCCUAAAAAAUCAUUAGUGUUUCUUCACGAUGACUCUUGUACCAUCCAUAGGCCGCGAGCUCUCGAAUCCACCGUCCGAUGGAAUCUCUAAUCUCCGGUUCUCCAAUAGCAGCGACCAUCUACUAGUCUCUUCAUGGGAUAAGAGUGUGAGAUUGUAUGAUGCGAACGCCGAUUCGAUGAGAGGAGAGUUCAAGCAUGGAGGAGCGGUGCUCGAUUGCUGCUUCCAUGACGAGUCUUCUGGGUUCAGUGCCUGCGCCGAUCAUAAAGUCAGACGAAUUGACUUUAAUGCUGGCAAAGAGGACAUUCUGGGAAUGCAUGAUGAACCGGUUCGUUGUGUUGAGUAUUCUUAUGCUGCAGGGCAAGUGAUCACUGGAAGCUGGGAUAGAACGAUUAAAUGUUGGGACCCAAGAGCUGCGAGUGGCCCGGAGCGUUCACAGAUUGGAACAUAUAAGCAACCUGAGCGUGUUAACUCUCUUUCUCUCGUUGGAAAUCAUUUGGUUGUGGCGACAGCAGGAAGACAUGUCAAUAUUUAUGACCUGAGGAAUAUGGCCCAGCCUGAGCAGAGAAGGGAGUCCUCACUUAAGUACCAGACCAGAUGUGUGCGUUGUUAUCCCAAUGGAACAGGGUAUGCACUUAGCUCUGUUGAAGGGAGGGUUUCAAUGGAGUUUUUCGAUCUAUCAGAGGCUGCUCAAGCUAAAAAAUAUGCUUUCAAAUGUCACCGGAAAUCCGAGGAUGGAAGGGACAUUGUCUACCCUGUAAAUGCGAUUGCCUUCCAUCCGAUUUAUGGAACUUUUGCUACCGGAGGUUGUGAUGGUUUCGUCAACGUUUGGGAUGGUAACAACAAGAAGAGGCUAUAUCAGUAUUCUAAGUAUCCAACGAGUAUUGCGGCACUGUCAUUCAGCCGAGAUGGUGGAUUACUGGCUGUUGCUUCUAGUUAUACGUUUGAAGAGGGAGACAAACCGCAUGAACCUGACGCAAUCUUUGUUCGGAAUGUUAAUGAAAUCGAAGUGAAGCCUAAACCUAAAGUGUACCCAAAUCCUCCGGCAUAGUCCCAAACUAUGGAAUGAGCAGAGAACUAUUUGUACUCCGUGUUGCGUUGGUUGCCCAAAGUAAGAGUGUAGCAAUUUCUGUUCCUGGAGUUUUAAAAACAUAUUUUGGCUGUAAAGUGAAGUGUGAACAAUACAAUGGCUUUAGAAUCUGAUGUUGUGUUCUUUUGGUUUUGAGUAAAGUCCAUUUACUCUCUGGUGGUAAGAAACGAUAUUAAUACAAUGAGCUUGUGUUUCUGUGGU